AUGCACGCCAUGAGGUCCGCUACUGCCACUCCCCUCAGUGACGCAGACAGAAAACAUUGUAAAUUCAAGCCUGAUCCCACUAUCCCGUCGGCCUUCAGUGCGCUCAAUGAGGACUAUGUUGCAAGUGGCUGGUCACGAGGACAUAUGGCACCAGCAGGAAAUAACAAAUUUUCAAGUAAAGCCAUGGCUGAAACCUUUUACCUUUCUAAUAUUGUGCCGCAGGAUUUUGAUAAUAAUUCUGGAUACUGGAAUAGAAUAGAAAUGUAUUGUCGUGAACUAACUGACAGAUUUGAAGAUGUUUGGAUAGUAUCGGGACCUUUAACCUUACCUCAUACUGGAAAUGAUGGAAAGAAAGCAGUUAGUUACCAGGUGAUUGGCAAGGACAACGUGGCAGUCCCCUCACAUCUUUACAAGGUGAUCCUGGCUCGAAGAAGCGAGGAGUCUAAAGAACCACUGGCACUGGGGGCCUUUGUAGUGCCCAAUAAAGCCAUCAGCUUCCAAUCUCAGUUAACUGAGUUCCAGGUGAGCCUCCAGGACUUAGAGAAGAUGGCAGGUCUGGUGUUUUUCCCCCAUUUGGAUAGAACUUGUGAUAUUCGGAAUAUUUGCUCUGUGGACACCUGUAAGCUCUUGGAUUUCCAAGAGUUCACUCUGUACCUGAGCACGAGGAAGAUCGAGGCAGCCCGUUCUGUGGCCAGAUUGGAAAAGGUUCUGGAAACUUUGAAGGACGCAGGCAUCGAGCCGGACGAGUACUUCCUGAGUCGCUAUAAGAAGAAACUAGAGGAACUCAAAGCUAAGGAGCAGCCAUAAGCGCAGUGAAAAAGCCAUCCUAGUUUUCAUCUCUGGUUUUGCUAAUCACCUGUAAUGGAGCAGGUGUGGCUCUCCAGGUAGAUGGAGUUCAGCAGCUUUGCUCCUAAAGAAAUGAUGGAGGGGCUGGAGAGAUGACUCAGCAGUUGAGAACACUGACUGCUCUUGCAGAGGACCCGGGUUCGAUUCCUAACACCCACAUGGCAGCUACGAGCGUUCCUUAACUCCGGUUCCAGGAAA